AAUCUCUUCCGCCAAGACACGCGCAUUCACACUAAUAUGUGAUUCUGAUAAGAGUAUCGACUAUCGAACAUUCAUAAAUUACUUCACAAAUUUUCAUGGCUUCUACGUUUAAUUUUCAUACUCUAUGCACCCCAGUAUACUAUUCAUCAAGAUCAUACAGUUACAAAUCUAAAACCCUAGCUUUCAGCUCUCAGUUACCAUGCCAAUCGCUUUUGAAGUCGAAGAAGCGGUCUAUGAUUCCAGUUGUUCAAAAUAGAAAGCUCAGGUCUCGAAUCUACGCAGCACAAUCAAAUUUUUUCAAAGUGCUUCAAAAAGCAUAUAAGGUAGGAAAAGAUGGAAUUGAAGCAGGAACAAAUUUAGUGCCUGAUUCUAUACCAAGACCAAUUGCUAGGAUAUCUGUGGGUGUAAUUGGAGCAGCUGUUGUACUCUUUCUACUCAAGUCAUUCUUGUCUACAGCUUUCUUUUUUCUGACGACAAUGGGAUUGAUUUACUUUGUGUUUAUCGCCUUGAACAAAGAUGAGGGCCCCACAGGUGGCGGAAGCACCACCACCACUUCAACAGAAGAAAGCCUUGAAGAAGCAAGGAGAAUCAUGGAGAAGUACAAAUAAAUACAUCAAUAUUCAUUAGUAAAUUUUGUAAAUCCAUGAACCCAUUUAUAUUUUGGAUUUAUACAAAUCUUUUCAAGUUGUCACAAAAAUGAUCGGUUCUACUUUCUUUGGUCAACAUAUGGUAAUCUUUCGACUCAAAA